AACAUGGAACCUACAGAAAAGAAAACGGAUGAAAACAAACAAGUAGAACAAACAGAAGAUAAAAGCUACAAUAAAACAGAAACAGACAAAAAGAGUGAAGAAAGUAACACAAAACAAACCCAGGAAAAUGAACACACAACUUCAAACUGAAACAUUAUAACUGAAGACAAACACAAAGACAAAGUGAACACAGACAAUCAUGAAACAGACAAAAAGAGUAAAGAAAGUAACACUAAAACAAACAAGAACAAUGAAAAAGAAAACAAGGAAAAAGAAGCAAACAAAGAAAAAUGCUACAAUAAAACCAAAAUAGACAAAAACGGUGAUCAAACAAAUAUAAACAUGAAACAUAAACAAGGAAACAAAGAUGAUAAACCAAACCAUAAACUGAUAGAGAAACAAUGACAAAUAAAACUAGUGAAAAGAAAACCUCACAUGAAGUAAAGGUAAAGGAGUUAAACAAAAACAAUGAACAAAAUAAAGAAAAACAGACAGUAAGAAAAUCAAUUGAAGAAAAAUUUGUGACAAUAGACAAACACACAGAAAAACAGAAGGAAAAACAAAUGGAACACAAUGCAAAAACAACAAAUGUGAAUACCCAUAAACAAAAACAAAAUAAACAAGAUGAAAAAGAAACAACAGAAACAAAGUCAAAGAAAACUGAAAAUAACAAAGAAAACAACGAAAAUGUAAACCAGAGAAAUAAACAAAAAGAUAACUUCAGCAUAUUAAGGAAAUCUAAACCACAAAAAGAACAAAUCACAAAUACAAAUUUUGAAGGUGACAUAUUAAAAGAAGUAAUAGACAACCAAUUUAACAUAAGCGAUACAAGAAUAGUAAUAUCAGAAUACCAAACAACACCAAUACCGAGUGAUUGCGAAUCCAAAGAAGAAGACAGAGACGACCCAUUCCAAAUGGAAAAAAAUAAUGAAAAACUUCAACUGAUUCAAAGACAACAAGAAGAAUUCAUUCAAUUAAACAUAGGCGGGACAAUCUUUUAUACAUCAAAAAUAACAUUAUUAAAUAGUCCGUACUCAAUACUCCAUCAGAAGACUCAAGAAAAUUCGCCUGUCAAUAUUCAGAAGAACUGUAUAUUUAUAGACCGAGAUCCAUGCCACUUCCGUUUUAUCCUAAAUUACUUAAGAAAUGAAUGCCAUAUACCUACAACACUGUUCCCAUCAAACCCAACAACAAUACAAGAGAUCCUAUUAGACGCUAAAUUCUACAACAUUAAAGAACUCAUCAAGGACUUGAAGAAAACAUUAAAUAAGAAGCAGUAAACUAGAAAAUUGUAAA